CAAAAGAAACACCCUAAUCCCAUUGAAACAGAGGAAACUCGAGAAACAAAAGGACCGAGGAGAACGCAAACCCUAGAAAAACUCGAGAAGUAGAGAGAUGAAUUCUUUCACAGAGGAUAUAUGGUCAAUCAUACUAGCGCGAUUACCACUAAAGAGCAUCACCACUUCCAAACUGGUUUGCAAGCAGUGGAAAUCGAUCGUCGAGUCUCCAUACUUCCGUAAGUCUCUGUACCAAAACUUGCAUUCUUCUUCAUGGUCGCUCCUUACUUGGGGUGAUAAGGCAGACUUUUUCGCAACUCUUUCUCUUUACGGAUGCGAACCAUCUAUGGGCUCUUACAACUUGUCUUUCCUAACUAACAAGUUUGAGAUUCAGAGAGACAAAUACGAUUAUCCAAUCUGGACUUACACGGACGUUGGGUUGAUUUUGAUCAGUGAAGUGUCUAUCAGUGCAGUGUAUGUGGCUAAUCCAGUUUCACAGGAUUGCGUAAAACUCCCUUCUCAAGUCAAAGAUUAUGCCUUCCCUUUGGGAAUUGUCACACGAACUGAAAACGGCAUCGUUUUGGAUUACAAAGUUGUUUUGCUUGACAUUAACGGGAAGGAAAUAAGUUUCUUGAUAUAUUCAUCUGAGACAGGCUUGUGGAGUCUCAGCAUUGUCCAUUUGCCUACAUCUUUGGGCUAUCGAUAUUUGUCCCGUUCAAUUAGCUUGAAUGGAAAUCUUUACUGGCUCAACCACAAUAGUGACAAUGAAGACGUUAUCGUAUCCCAUGAUUUCUAUGCAACUGGCACGGAUUCUGAUCGAUUUCGUGUUACACGUUUCCCUGAUUCAGGAAAACAUCCCAAAUUCAAAAGAGCAUGCACUGUUUUUCAAGGAUUUCUCAUGUAUAUGAACGUAGUGUCUAUAACCAAAGAUGAUGGAAGUCUAGAGGAUAAGUUAAGUAUAUGGAGGCUUAAGAGCUGGGAAUGGCAACUAGUUUCUGAAAUCUCUGCGGAUUUUAUUAAUGCCGGUUUCGAUCAUAUUCCGGUGACAAUAAACUCUGUUGAUGCUAAAACAGUCUAUUUCUGGAACAGGAAGCAUCAAAUUUUGGUAGCUGCUAACAUAUGCAAUGGGAAGUUUGUGCUCCAUAGUGAAUUGGAACAUAGUGGUCACAGUCCGAAUUCCUUUGAAUGCUUUAAAAGAUCAGACUGUCCCUCGUUUGUUCUCCCACAAUGGUUGCAUCUCACCCCGGUGAGAGGUGUUUAGACAUAAUAUAUGCAAGACUUCACUUUGUUUCUUUCUUUUUUGGUUUAUAAUACCGUUAGUUUCUUAUCCAAGAUGAAGAAGAUUGUGCUUGGUUUAUUUUCUUUAAGUGUUCUGGUUGGUCUAAGGAAUAAAAUGGUUAGGGCAUU